AUGUUCCAUCCUUUUCAGCUAUUAGUUCCACACAUCUUGGAAGCGUCCCCAGGACCUUGGAGCUUUGCCCACCAUCCACCAGCUCCGCGGAGCCGCGGCUCUCGCCUUCGGCGCGGAGCCGAAGACGUCUACGGCGGCUGCUGCGCCUACGUCAUCAACUUGGCGCGGCGAAGUGAUCGGCUGGAACGAGUGCAGAAGCUCUUGGCAUCCACCAAUCCGGAACUGUUGAAGCACCUGGAAAGGAUUGAUGCCGUGGAUGGUCAAAACAUUUCAUUAGAUUCACUGGAGGCGAGAGAAGUAGUGGAAAGUUCAGCUUUGGCCCGCGCCAAGCGUGCCAAACGACUGGGAUUAUACAGCAUUGUUCACGACGAGGAAAAUCAGCUGGUGAAUUUUGAUGAUCACUUUACUGAAGGGGCCGUUGCUUGUGCUAUGUCUCACCACAAGGCCUUAACCAAGGUGGCCCAACAUCCAUCAGCCCAGUGGGGUCUCAUCUUGGAAGAUGAUGUGUCCUUGGUGGUGCCAGAGGUGCACCGUGAGCUCCGUACGAUCCUGGACCAGCUGCCGGAGAGCUGGACUGCGGUAUUUCUGGGCUAUCACAACGAAUAUGGUCGCCCUCACCCUCGCGCUGUCAACUGCACAGAGAAGUGGCAAGCAGCACCAUGUGAGAAGGAGCGAAUCUUUGAAAUCUUCGACCAUUCCUGGGGUUUAUAUGCCUGGAUGGUGAAGAAGGAAGCGGCUGAAUCAUUGAUUCGGAACCUCUUCCCGAUCAGCAGCCAAGUUGACUACGCAAUAUCAAGAUAUUUGAUCACAAGGCACGGUGGUGUCUACAGUGUUUUCCCGGACCGCUUACUAUUCUACAGUCCCACCAGCGAAGAAGGGCAGGACUCGGAUAUUCAAACCAUGCGAAGUGAAGAACAAGUGGCAGAGGAGUUUGGCUCUUGGCACGAGUACAUGGAGCUCCAGAGGCAGGUUCCCAGCUAA